ACGCAAGAUACUGUCAUGCAAAAAACUAGGUCAGUUGGCACAGUCGUUCGGCAAUUGGAUUCUACUUUCCUUUCACCAACUAUAUGAACUCGUCUGCAACUAGCCGUAAACUUCAGUUCUCUAACUCAUCAUCCAGAGUCGACAUGAAGCUGUUUCUUAUUUUGCUUCUCUUGGCCGUUGCUGCCGCCGCUCCGUCCAGCAGUAAGACGGAGGAGAAGGACAUCAAAACCGCCGAGGUCACCAUCGUGAGCCAAUCCGAUGUUCGUCACGUUAACGGCACAAACGAAUGGAACUACGCUCUAUCGGACGGCACUUCCCGCUUCCAGAUGUGGUUCCCGAAACCCAGUAGCAAACCAAGCAGAAGGUAGUGAUUGUCUAGAAUAACUCUCCCAAGACAUCACAUGCGUGAUGAAAAUCGUUGAUGCCCUUAAUGCACUUGAAAAAACGAACCAAGCCAGAGAAAUCGAAUCCCUGCCCAAACGAGAAGGCCAUCUGCGUCUUUCUUAUCGUUUCGUUUAACUAUUUAACGUGUCUAGCCUAUAAAAUGACGCAACUUCUUUAUUAUGCAAACAAAUACAAAAAGCUUUCACUAUU